UUUUGUGCGAGCAUGUUCCUUACACAGGAUGCGCUUCUGUUCCACGCUGUGACACGGGGGACGCAACUGCACCCGUCGAGCCCGACAAGGACAAACGUCUACACACAGAGACGUCGUUGCUAAUCAAGUGCUUUUUUUUUAUUCACGAGAGCUUUGCUGCCCUCCAGCGAUUUCACACACGUCGUGAAAACAAGUCGCUCAUAUAAAGGACAGCGGAAAUUACCUCUGCGACUCCCUCUCUCUAUGCCGCGCUGUAGCGGAGGAACCAAGGGAAGAUGAACGUGCGCCAACACGUGAAGACGAGUGAUGAAAUGACCGCUAAAAAAAUGAACAGCUCUAGAACAUCCAAGUCGGGAUCCUUAAACGACGGCCGUACGUAGUUUGGCCUUGGCAGCGCUGAUUCUCUCGUGGUGAUUCGUCAAGCCAAAAGUUUAUAUUUGGACGCUGACUGGCGACGACUUGUGGACGCGGAGGUAACAGCAGCCACGAGUGCCAGCAGCUUGGUUGCUGCGCGUUAAACUAGAGGAAGACCGAAUCUUGCCUCCAGAUUGCAUAGGAGAUUGCGUCGUGUGAACUUCUUGUGCAGUGGGAUCAUUCAUUUCUGCAUUUCUUCUAUAAAAGGCAUAGAAGAUGGCCUUAAGAUCAGUUGCAAUAUGGAUACUGCUGACGUUAAUGUGCAGCGGUGUGCCAGCUGCUGAAGAUGAGUGUAAGUUCCACGAUGAACACCUGGAGCGUGCCAUCAACUCUUUCAUAGAGAAGCUUCCCGCCGAGCGUUCAGAGACACCCGAUAAAGAUUCAGAGACACCGGAAGAAAUCGACAUCAUCGAAUUUAAAUUCUUCGGUCUCAACUCCUUCAGACCUUUCGGUCCGUUUCUUACCUUCUGCAGGGACGGCAGCAGGUUCGUCCAGUUUGACAUGGUGAACAAGAGGCCCCUUAUUCUCGCGGGAACGAUCAAAGGCAACGAUAGCAGCACAAACGAACUCCUAAGUCGGGCCCUGUUGGUUCGCUUCACAGCGCAGUUUGAAGUGGAAGGCACUGGAGAGGACGUGAAGAUUCAUCCCACAGUGAACAUGCCGGUGUCCAUGGUCGGUCUUUCUAUGCUUCUCAAGACCGUCGACAAAGAAACAAAAGAAGACAUUGGUAUCAUUCUCCACUCACCGAAACCGCACUUCAUUCGUGGCCUCUGGCAUGGAAUGCUCUUUAGUGAGCUGGACAAGCUUUUUGGAGAAAUUUUGCCGAAAAAAUAAAUGUAUUCCUGGUCUGGCA